AGAAAAAGUCAUAAGGUGCGGGCAGUUAGCCUUUCACAGUUGAAGCAUACUUUUCCAACACGCCGAGAUCGAUAGAAGAAACAACCCAAAAGCGGGGUCGAGAACGCACGAAACAACGCAGCAAUCGUCGAGGUAGAAGCGAUUAGGAACCUUUUCUGGUGACUUCUUCCAGAGCAGAGACCAUCAGGUGCUGCUAUUUGUUACUCGAAACUGCCAAGCCUCCGAUAAGCGAACGCUCGAGUGAAAAGUGUAAUGUCAUUUUGUUUCCGUACUCCGCAACCCGGAGCAUUUGAUGCGAAGAGAAAAGUCAACGUAAAAGAAUAAAAAACACGAUUUUGUUGUCUUUCGAGCGGAAGUUUCCCUCUGCUCCUUGAGUUUCCUUUGUUCCCUUCCACUGAUUCCAACCGAUCAGUGAGGAAAUAGAGUUGAAGGCGAGCAGCGAAAACCAAGCCAGAUAAACAGAGCGGAGGAAAUCCCAGCGGGAAGAAGAACACCGACGGCCGAGUAAGAAGACGAAGCAGAGCGAGAGAGCGCCACAGCAUCCUUUUUGCAGCCGUGGAAAACCCACAACGGGAAAAGCAGGUACUGCCAGCGACAAAUUACGUCGUCGCCUCCUUUUUGCGCCGUGCAAGGAUAAACAAGCGGAUUAGAAAUCAAUCCAAGCAGUCGAAACGAAGUGUCAUCGGGAUAAACAACCGUCCCGAAGUUGAAGAAACCACGCGAAGGUUUACCGUAGGAUCUGGUGCUCCGUGUAGUGGAGGGUUGUAUGUGUGCUUGCGCGUCCGUGUGACGUAGUGGAAAAGUGCAUGUUUGUGCCCCCGGGGGCCUGUGGUGUAGCUCCUGUGUUUGUGCGUGUGUUUUGUGUGUGUGGUUGCCUAUGAAGUGAAAGCAAAAGGAGCCGUGAGCUGGAAGUAGAAGAUAGAAGGAAUCCCAGCGAAGAAAGAAGGAGCUCAUAAAAGGGCCUAAGAAAGGUCGCCCGUCUACGUUAGGCGUUUCCCAGAACCGACCCGGGAUCGUGGGAUUUCUCCUUGAGCUUGGGCCACGCGGGGUACAAGUGCAGCACAAUCCUGCGUGGAACGUCGGGCCCCGAUGACUUCGUCCCAACCGUCAUCCGACGCAGCAGCCGUCGGCCAACAAACGAUGGCCGAAAACGGAACGAUGCUGCCCUCGGUGGUGGAGAGCGUGUUCAACGCGGCUCGCAGUGGCAACUUGCUUGCGCUGAAGAAAUGGACCUCCAGACUGAUGCCGAACGACCUCAAAACGCUGGUUACGAUGAAAACGAACGGCGUCACGCCGCUACUGAUCGCCUGCCGGAACGGCCACUUCGACGUGGUACAGUAUCUGAUCAAGCGGUGCCACGCGGACGUGGAGCAGGCCGGUUCGGUCAUCUUCGACGGCGAGCAGAUCGAGGGCGCCCCGCCACUCUGGUGCGCAUCGGCCGCCGGUCACACCAACAUAGUUAAGCUCUUAGUCCAACACGGUGCCAAAGUGAACAGUACAACCAAAACGAACAGCACACCACUGCGGGCGGCCUGCUUCGAUGGGCACUACGAAAUCGUCAAGUAUCUCGUUUCACACGGUGCAGACAUUGAAGUCGCAAAUCGUCACGGGCACACCUGUCUCAUGAUCGCCUGCUACAAAGGACACUACAAAAUCGCACAAUAUUUACUCUCGCUGAAAACGGACGUGAACCGGCGUAGCGUGAAAGGCAACACAGCCCUGCACGAUUGCGCCGAGUCCGGGUCGCUGGAGAUCCUGCAGUUACUGCUUCAACAUGGCGCCACAAUGGACGUGGAUUCUUAUGGUAUGACUCCCCUGUUGGCCGCUAGCGUUACCGGACACCUGCCGAUCGUAGAACAUCUGAUCAAGCUGCCGUUUGUGUCACGAGACGAUCGCAUUGCAGCCCUGGAGCUGCUCGGUGCCACGUACGUCGACAAGAAGCGCGAUAUGCUCGGUGCUCUAUCGUUCUGGAAGCGUGCCAUGGAGGACAGAUACAACAACAGUCCGGUUAUGCCGAAACCGACGCGUGAUCCGGUACCCGCGUACGACUACGUGCAGGAAGUGAACAAUCUCAGCACGCUCGAGGAGCUCGUGAUGGACCCGGACGAGAUGCGCAUGCAGGCCCUGCUGAUACGUGAGCGGAUAUUGGGUCCGGUCCAUCCGGACACGAGCUACUACAUUCGGUUCCGCGGUGCCGUGUACGCCGACUCGGGUCGCUUCGAUCGGUGCAUCGAGCUGUGGACCUACGCGCUGUCGAUGCAGCAAAGCAUCCUGGAGCCGCUCAACCCGAUGACGCAGUCGUCACUGCUGUCCUUUGCCGAGCUGUUCAGCUACAUGCUCGGCGAAGUGGGCCGCCCGAUCACACGCGGGCGCAUCGUGCCACCGAUCGAAACCUCCGACAUGUUGGUCGUGUUCAAGAAGUCGAUCAGCGAGGUACAGCUCGGCCAAAAGAUGCUCGAUCGAAUGCAGUACCACGAGCGGGAUCACUGUGCGCUCACCCGGGCGCUGGUCAUAUCGUUGCACUUGGCCUGCCUGUUGGUGCGGCUGCUCGACGAGGAGGAGGAAAUGUGCACUGAGGAGAUGAAACACCAGAUCCUGCAGGCGUUGUACGAUCUGGUUAGCUUAAAGAUCGUUUCGAAAACCGGUCAGUCGGCACUUCAUCUGGCGUGCUACAAAGACGCAGCCCUCGUCGGACGCUAUCCAGUGUGUCAGCUUCCAUCGCCACGGCUAGUAAAAGCCCUGCUGCAGGUCGGCGCCGAUCCAAACGCACAGGACGACAGUGGCAACACACCGCUACACAUGGCUGCUCAAACACGACCAUGCCCGGCCAGUUUGGCACAGGUUCUACUAGAAUAUGGUGCCCAUUUGGAUACGAAAAACGUCGAUGGUGAUACGUUCGAGACGCUCCUGCAAAACCAGCAGCUACACGAGCUGGUCAACCCGAUCAAGUACACCCGGCUGUCCUGCUUGGCCGCUCGUGCCAUCAAGCGUUACGCAAUCAACUGCCAGGAUGAGAUUCCCAAGUGUUUGUUGGCGUUCGUCGAUUCGCACUAACACCAGCCUUCUAGCGACGGCUGCCGCGGUUUCCGUUCGUCCUGGCGGUAGAACCGGCUAGCCAGUGACCGCGUUAUGUUGCCUAUACUUAGCUAGAUCGAAAAGAUUCGUGAGCAAAGGACGCUUGUCUAGGGGCAGGAACUGUUAUUAUCGAACGUUUUUAGGGGUUUAAGGCACACAGUGAAAGAGAAAAUGAUCACGAGAGAAUUUAUUGACUUCAAGCAAACUUGGGUGCAACUGUCGCCACCAUUUCGCUGCCAUUUGUGUAAGGAGGAGGGAUAGGAGAAGAAAACAGAGACACACUUUUCCCCCGUUAACGGUUGCCAGAGCAAACUGUUUCAUUUCACCGGAGUGUCGCGGACAGUCGAUGCGAAAGAGGACCCGGUUACACCUCUGUCGCUAUCGGGCCUGCAAACGUUCCGAUGUUCCGAUUGCGAUGCGAUGAGCCACUUCCAUUUGAUUCCGAACCACUCUCCCAAACUCCGACUUUGCCGACACCGACGAUCAGCCAACGAUUUGAGCGAGCAUCAAAACGAUUUCGGAGUGAUCCUGUGACACGUCGGAUUGGUAUCAAAAAUGGGACAAAACGAUGGAGGUGGUGUGUGUAUCGUCUAUUUACUGUUAUUGUUUAAGUAUCAUUUCCUAUAUUGCCCUCCUCGGAAGAAGGAAUUUCUUAUUGGAUGAAGAUCACUAGAGAUUUCUAUGGAGCGCGCUAGAGCUUUUCGGUGGUGUUCAGAAAAUUGGUUUCGUUUUGUUCUCCCCAUUUUUUAUCGUUUGAUAGCUAGGAAUGUAAUAAAUUUUAUCGUAAAAUAAAUAUUAAAAAUGAUUAGGAAAACUUUGUGAACAAAGCAGGAGGUGUACAAUCGUUGAAUGGCAGGACCGGAGUAACAUGAAGUUCACAGGCCGUUAUUGUAAUCUGCAAGAGAAGUUGCGGAAAAUUUGGUACUAGUAUUGCACAGGUUUUCCAGCACUCUAGUGGAGGAUUGGGCAGUGAAAUUUUAUUUCGUUCAUAUUCAUUUUAAACUAAACCUGCGUUUGUUCAAGUAUGCUUUUUCGGUAGAGAAUUAUUGGGCAAAGUUUGAAGUACGACCGAUUAGCAAAGGAAAGUAUUUUUGUCGUACACGAACGACCGAGGAGGUCCGUAGCAGCAAAUAAGCAGCGAAAUGAGCCGGAAAUUUUUGAAAGUUGACACGACACUUUCAAUAUCGAACUCGUAAAGUUGUUAGAGUAACAGACAGGGCGUUGAUCGUACGUUAGAAAGGGGCAGGAUAGAAUAUAACCGUAGUUUGAUAGCGUUCAUCAAACCAAUCAUCUACCAAUCAAACUCUAGCGAUUGCUCCAGCCGGAUUAUGCUAAAGUGUGGCCGGAGUUUCGUAUUGAUACUGAUUUGUAACCGUGUGAUAGCAACGAGAGAAAGGAAGAGUCCGAGAGGCAUAAGUACGCGAUCGCGAUCGAGGCACGUGUAAUGCGUUCGUUUUUUCUUUGGCGAUAGCGAAAGUAUCUUCUUAGGUUCUGCUUUUUCUGAACUUUAGCCUAUAGUGAAAGUCUAGUUGUGUAAGUGCAAUCCAAUAAAGAAUGAUCCCUCAAACAUUA